AUGGAUGGUCUAACGAGCCUCCUGGGUCGCGGCGAACCCGUUGAGAUCGUGGAGCUGGAUAAAUCAGGAAAUGUCUCCCGAACCUGGAAUCACACUGUCGACAACCGUGUCGUUGCCAAGUCGAAGCCUAGUAUCCCACUCAUUCCCUCUCUUCGCGAGGCCUUCAUGCCAGUCGGAUAUCCUCACUCUGUAUCAUCCGACUACCUGAACUACCAAUUCUUCGACUCCCUCCAAGCUUUCUUCUCAACCAUCACUUCCCUCCUCGCAAACCGAGCUCUCCUCCAAGGUCUCGGCGUCGGAGAUGCCAACUCAUCCGCCACCUUCGCCAUGCUGCUCACAGUCCUCAAGGACGCCAUGUCUCGCAUCGCCACUAUCGUUUUUGCCCAGCAAUUCGGUCUUCGUAUUGAGCCCGACGCCAAGCGCUUCCGCUUCCUGGCUGAUCUGUUCAACGACACUGCCUUCUUUCUGGAGCUGUACAGCCCGUACUUUGGGCCCUAUGGAAAGAUUCUUGCUUUGACUUCUGGAGAGACGUUGCGGGCGUUGUGUGGCGUGGCUGCUGGUGCGAGCAAAGCUGCUCUUAGUGUACACUUUGCAAAGCAUGACAACCUCUCUGAACUCAAUGCCAAAGAGGCCAGCCAAGAGACCGCCGUAGGUCUUAUCGGCCUUCUUUUUGGAACUAUUGUGGUCAAGUAUGUCGAGGACCAUCAUAGCGUUCUGUUCUUGAUGACUGUUCUCGUCUUGGCUCAUCUCUGGAUGAAUUACCUUGGAGUUCGGGCUGUAUGCAUGGACAACCUGAACCAGCAGCGCGCAACCAUCCUGUUUGAAGAGUAUCUCAAGACCGGAAUUGUACUUUCUCCCGAACAAGUCGCCCGCCGUGAGAACAUUCUUCUUUGGCGACCCGCCGUCCGAAACCAGCAUGGACAGAAAAUCGCACGUAUCGAAAUGGCCAAAAGCUACUGGGACGCCAUGGGCGCCAAAGCCCCCAACAGCAACAUCGUCAUCAUCGACGGGGCCCGCAACUCACUCUUUGUCUGGUAUCACUCGAAGCGCAGCUACACACCCAUCAAGAUCAUGCUCUGGCAGGACGCCAGUGCCGUCCACGCCAUUAGUGCUUGGUUCAUGGCCAUGGAGAUGGCCUGGCUUCUGGAGAAGAGCCAGGGCUACACCGACAAGCUGGAUAAGAUCUUCCGCGUAAAGGAAACCGUUGAUGGCUACGAACAGAAGUACGACAAGCGCGAGCUCUGGGAUGAGAUGCUUGCCAAGGGGUGGAACAUCGAGGCGCAGUCCUUUGAGACAGGUGCGCCUGUUCGUCUGCUUGCUCAGCUGGAGGGGAAGAAGGAUCAGUAA